CUCCCAUGACGUCAUUCUGUCAUGGCGGAAGGAAGGAAGAGUCCAAAUAUGAAAAAGAACCACUGACUCAAACAAAUGAUGUUUAACCACCUUGUUAUUCAUUAAUACCGUAUUUUUGUAUCGAAAAUCAAGAGUUUAAGUAUUCAAGAUGACUCUUAUGGUAUUUUUUGGAUGUGCUUUGAUUGCUUUUGGCCCGGCUUGUGCCAUGUUUUCUAUCACUGUGGCAGGCGAUGCUCAACAAGUCAUCGUCUUUAUCACAAGUGCAUUCUUCUGGCUAAUAUCGCUGCUAAUAUCUUCAAUAUGGUGGUUGGUAGUCUCUCCCUUAAAGGAGCAGAUAGCAUUUGGGAUGACAUUUUCAGUCCUUUUCCAAGAGUUGUUCCGAUUAGCCUACUAUUUUCUAUUAAGAAAAGCAGAUGAAGGCCUUGUAUCAAUGAUCAAUAACCAGUCACCUUUGAGAAAACACAGGAUUGCAUAUGUUGCUGGUCUAGGGUAUGGUACAAUGAGUGGACUGUUUGCCAUGGUCAAUGUUCUAGCCGACAUUACUGGACCAGGAUCAAUGGGUCUGAGGGGAGAUCCACAGAAUUUCCUUAUAGUCUCUGCAUUCUUGACGUCUUGUUUUGUUUUGUUGAAUACCUUUUGGGGAGUGAUAUUGUUUGAAUCCUUUGACAAGAAGAAGAGAUGGCUCAAUCUUGGUAUUGUGGUGUUCUCUCAUCUUUUCGUGUCUUUAAUGACAUUACUGAAUGCCAGUGGUAACUACAUUGCCACAUUAAUAUCAGCAUACCUGGUUAUGAUCAUCAUGGGUGUCAUUGCUUUCAACUCAGCUGGUGGAAGCUGUUUUAAUAUCUACAGGUUAAUUAUGACCAAAAAAUCACAUGUCAACAAUAAAUAAGAGCUUUUAGGUCGUGAAAUACUGAUUAAUAGACCUCUUCACCUUCAUAUGCAAAUUGCCCAUUUCAGACCACAUGACAUUCCCGCAAUAUGCCGUAAGGUCCGAUAAGGACCAAGAGAGUUAUUCUUUUAUGACAAACAUGUGAAAAUAUUUACACAUAAAAGAAUCAAUUUCCAAGAGUGGCGUCACAUGGUCUGAAAUGUGCACAACAAACAAGAAAGCUAAAAAGGUCUAUUGUCCGUUUUUUUCAUUCAGUAAAUACCACUGUGUUUUAUGACAAAAGACUUAUCUGAACAGGUUUAGCCUCGCUUAAGAGCAAAUCAUUUGCAAUAGGCCUCAAGCAUGAUGACAUUUACAAGGCCAUUUGAAAUCCCACAGACUUUUAAAUGGUAUCUGUGAAUAGCUGACUUAUAAACAAGGCUAAGCCUGUGCAAAUGUGUCUGUAGUCAUCAACAACAGUGGUAUAAAUUGAUGCAAAACUGGUGCAUUCCAGGUCCAAUAAAGGAAAUGUGUAACAAAUUCAACAAGGAUAUUAGCUGAACUGGUUUUUGGACCUGUUUUUCAUGGUGUCGCACUUAAAAACUUCAUAAUUACUUUACAUAUAAAUAUUUAUGAAUCUAUUUUUGUUUGUUUCAUUGUUUUCCCAUUUUUCAUCUUUAAUCUGUGUACAGUAUUGCUUACUCUUUGUUCAUUUGUGCACACAUACAGUGAGUAGACACCGACAGAGAUAAUAGUGACCUGUAGAUUGGACGAAUAGUAGGAGAAUGAGUACCAGUUUUAAAGUUGGUCCUGUGUACAGUUAACACUGAAUCAUAUUCAAUUUCCAAUUUUUUAAAGCUAAACUUUCAAUCAUGACAUGACUACGAAAUGAUGGUGCCAAUCUUUAAGAGUUUUUAAAAACUUUUACUCGUUCUUGCCCUUGUCACUAAAUCUAAAGGUCUGUAAUAUGCUCUGUAGGCUUUACAACAAAGCGAAUGAUCAUUUAUUUAAUAAGUUACCCUAUCAUUAAGCCAGAAUCGGUCUUAAAGUCAAAGCUCCCUUGGCGUAUCAUGACCCUUGCACCUUACCCUAGUGUUUUGGGAAACCCUGUCCCCUCCUUUGAUUAUCCUUUAACGUCUCCUCAAAGAACAUUUGCUUAUUCCCUUGAUCUCUCUCAAGUCCUAAUAAAGGCUUUGCACCGUCAUGUGAUGGCAACCAUAACAGGAGGCAGAAACAAUAUAUUGUAUCCCCCCCUGGGAAACUGAACCUUUUUCAUGUCAACCAGAUUAUGACAGAUUCAACUGUUCCUGCCUCCUGUCAUGGCUGCCAUCACGUGAUGGUGCAAAGCUUCUAUAGACCCCUUGCAGUACGUUGGAAUGCAACUCAAUUUGGAAGACAAAAUGAUUGGUGGUUUUCAACUAUUCCCAAGAGGAUCAAAAGACAAAGACAUGGCAGUCAUGAAGAAAAGGUUUGUUAAAGUCCACUAGAUUACGAAACCUGAAAACGAAAAAGAGGUUUCAAAUUCUCAUGAGAGUGAAAUUUGUUUGUGUUUUCCUCCAAAUUGAGCUGCUGUGACAUCACAUGCAAGGGGGACGUUUCCAGUACAAGAAUAGUGUAGUCAUUAAAGCAUAAAGAUUUUUAAUUAUCAAACAAAUAGUUGUUGAUUUUAGUAAAUACAACAGAUAAUAAAUGUAAACCAAACUUAAA